CCGCGGGCGUUGGUUUCCCAGCCGCUCAGGGCGUAGCGUGAGGGCUCGAAGUGAGGGCGGCGGCAGGGCUGCGGGUCGGGUCGCGGGAGCUUCAUGGCCACAGCGCUGGCAAAGGCGGCCGCCGCAGGUGACCGAGGUUCCACGAGGGCCACCGCGGCCCCGUUGAGUUGCAAAAGAUGAGUCGUGGAUAUUCAGAAAACAACAAUUUCCUGAACAAUAACAACCAAAUGGUGUUGGACAUGAUCCUUUAUCCAUUAACCGGAAUCCAUCAGACCAUUAACUGGGAAACUGUGGCAAGGCUUGUACCUGGGUUAACACCCAAAGAGUGCGCAAAAAGGUUUGAGGAACUGAAGAGCAGUGGAAGUUCACCUGUUGACAACCAGUAUAGUCUCCUAAUGGCAGGAGAGAAUCCUGUCAAAACUUUAGCUACAUAUAUCAAAUCCUCACUUCUUGAUACACAGGGAGAAUUUCAGGAGACUUCAGUUGAUCAGGAUGCAGUUUCCAAAACAGGAAGACAUAGUAUAGCUUCCACAAGGAAUUGUUCUUCAGAAAGUGAAAACUGUACUACACAUAAUGGUGGAGAAAAGACUGAAGAAUCUGAAGGGCCAAACAUGGUGAUCCAUGUAUGUGAUGAAGCAAAAAACUUGAAAGAAGAUUUUAUUUGCCCACGAGAUCUUUUAAUAUCAGAAAUGAAGUACUUUGCUGAAUAUUUAUCUAUGGAUGCCCAGCGCUGGGAAGAGGUGGACAUUUCAGUUCAUUGUGAUGUUCAGAUUUUCAACUGGUUGAUAAAAUACGUUAAAAGGAACACUAAGGAGAAUAAAGAUUGUGAGAUGCCUACUUUAGAGCCAGGAAAUGCCAUUUCAAUUCUUAUUUCUUCAGAGUUUUUGAAAAUGGAUUCAUUGGUUGAACAAUGUAUUCAGUAUUGCCAUAAAAAUAUGAAUGCCAUAGUAGCUACUCCAUGCAACAUGAACUGUAUUAAUGCAAAUCUUCUUACACGUAUAGCUGAUGUGUUCACACAGAAUGAGGUUGAUGAUUUAAAGGACAAGAAAGAUAAGUUUAGGAGUAAACUGUUUUGUAAGAAGAUUGAGAGAUUAUUUGAUCCUGAAUACUUGAAUCCAGAUUCUCGGAAUAAUGCAGCAACAUUGUACAGGUGCUGUUUGUGUAAGAAACUUUUAACUAAAGAAACAGAAAGAAGAAUUCCUUGCAUUCCUGGAAAAAUCAAUGUGGAUCAACAUGGAAAUAUUGUGUACAUUCACAUAAGAGAUAAGACUUGGGAUGUUCAUGAGUAUUUGAAUAGUCUUUUUGAAGAGCUAAAAUCUUGGAGAGAUGUGUAUUGGCGCUUGUGGGGAACAGUCAACUGGCUAACUUGUUCGAGAUGUGGUCAGGUUUUUCUCUGUAUAGAAUUUUCACAUUGUCAGUAUCAUUCAGAAGGAGUGGUUUAUCCUCCUGCAGCAAGUUCGCUGAGUACUGUGGGCACUGGAAUUUAUCCCUGCUGCAACCACAAGGUUCUUCGGUUUGAUCCUACUCAGCUUACAAGGGGUUGUAAAGUGAGAGACCACACAGUUGCUCUUAGCGAUCAAGGUGAAGAUGGAGAUUUGUUAUCCUGUCCAACUGCUAGAAUACUGGAUGAUCUGCACAAACACAGAGAUGUCGUUGUUGUGCCUUUUUCUAAAGACACAGUUAGUGAUUCUGGAGUUGGUUCCUGGGAUGAGAAGGGUCUGGACUGUGAUGUUUUACUGGAGCCAAGUACACCAUGGGGCCCCAAAAGUGGGGAGCUCAAUGCUUUUUUAUCACUGAAAAACUGGACUUUACAGCUGAAACAACAGUCAUUAUUUUCAGAAGAAGAAGAAUAUACGACUGGAUCGGAAGUCACUGAAGAUGAAGUUGGAGAUGAAGAAGAAGUGUCCAAGAAACAAAGGAAAAAGGAGAAGCCAAAGAAGUUCACUAAGCAGCCAAAAAAGCAGAUGUCUUCACCAUGUGGUCAGAAGAAAGAAAAGGCAUUGGAGAAGUCAACUUCUAGAGAUGUGUCUCCUUUCAUUGUGAGUAUGCAGAAGAAUAAGUGGGAUGCUUCAAGAUCAUUGAGAUUCAACCAGGAUGCACAAAGAGAAGAUGAUCAGAGGCGGAUGUCUGAAAUUACAGGGCACCUAAUAAAGAUGAGACUGGGUGAUCUGGAUCGAGUCAAGUCAAAGGAAUCGAAAGAAUUUGCUGGAGGUAUUUAUUCCAGGCUCGAAGCGCAAAUCAAGGCCUCGGUGCCGGUCAGUGCCCGGCAGGGAAGCUCAGAGAAAAACUCGAGAUCUAAAAGUCGUUUUGGUCCAGGGCGUCCUGCCUAAAGCACCUUAACAUGUUACCAAAAAGGCCGAAGACACACUUCCGGACAUCUGAAACUGCUCACCUCUUGAAGACUUCAGAACUAUGACUUCUAAAUAUUUUAAGUUAUUUAUUAAUUAUUCUUGUAAACCACAUAAAUCACAAUGUUAAGGAAAGUGUAUAAUUAGGUCUUAGGAAAUCUAAUUAUAAAUAUGAAACUUCUUAAAUCUAAUUUUCUUUUAGUGUAAUGCUAAGCUGUAUAGAAAAUUAGUAUUUACAAAUUAGUUAAGACCCUAAUAUUAAUUUAUUUAUUUGAAAAAGAAGAGGACUAAACUGUUGAGUAGCCUAGAUUUUUAUUUUGAGACCUUAAAAAACUUAGAGAACUCACCAGGUAGUGGUACCGUGCAUGUGCACUGACUGUGGUAUGUCUUCUGUGAAUUGUGGGGUGGCAUUGAGAACUGCAUUUUGUGUGAUGAAAUUUCCAGUGAUGCUAAUUUGAAGUUUGCAUGGAUAUUAAGGAGUGACAGAUCUCAAGACUGCAUUAAAUAAAGUGUCAUGGUGAGGUAUUUCCCAUGUUGGGCAGAAGGGUUACAUUUUUUCAAGUUUAUUCCAUGGAAAGCAUAAUGUCAUUCAACCUUUUCUUCUUUUGGUUUUUAAUGCUUAUAUAUUGGUCUUCUGAGCUGGAAUUGCUGAUUAUUAACUCUUUCCUCUGUGAAGCUAGUGCCAUCUGUCAGUUUUAGAGUAGUAAAUCAUUUCAGUUGUAUGAGAUACCCACUAUACGGCUGUCAGGGUUCUAAAACCCAACCAUAUUUCUAUAGCCCUUUAAAACAGUUAUAAUUACUUACUGCUUUAGAGCUGCUUACAAGGAAAGAUUCCCAAAUUCAUUUGAUGGAUGAAAAAUUUUAUAUAUUCAAGAGAAAUAAAAAUAAAUUUCUGUAGGUCAUAUUCUAAUUUUUCUAACCAAGCAGAAAGAGUGCUCAGGGAACAUUUUUUUUUCGAACCAUAAGCAUAUAAAAAAUAUGUGUUUGAAAAUUAUUUAUAUAUAGGUCUCUUAAAACUUUAAGAUGCACUUUUUCUAAUUUAAAUGAAGAUUUGCCUUGUAAUUGAAAUUUCUUCAAAUUGUUUGGAGAACAAACUUUGAUGAUGUGUGACAGAACAGCAGUUUCUGUGAAAUGCUGAAGUGUUACACUCAGUAUUACACAUACAGAAAACAUUAUUUUAGUGAAUGUUUCAGUUGAUAAAUUAAGCUAGAUUUUAUUUAUGUUCUAUCUAUGGCUUGGCCAAGGUUUUUGAACUUCUGUUUGGAAACCUUGUUGCAGUUUAUAUAAUUUUUAAUUAAUAUUUUUGAAAUAGAUUAUAAAAAUUUUAUUUUUAAAUGAAAAUGUUUUAUAGUACAUGAUCUGUGAGCCCUGCUAAAUACCAAUUCUUGCUUAGUUUCCUGCAUUCCCUGAGUUAGAGGAUUUGGGUAUAUACCUGGUAUUUAGUGCUGUGAUAGUCAUAGCCAGGAGAGGAAAGUAGACCCCUUUGAUUUUUAACUGAGGGUAACAAGGCAAAUUGCUUCUCCCCUGGUGAGAUUGCACCACUGAAUUGAUUCUUACAAACUACAAUUUAUCAGAAUUUGAUUCUCUUCAGAAUGUGCUUUUUUGUUAAUGUCUCUCAUACAUAACACAGGUACUACAUCAUUUUAUUCAAGCUUUUACAGUAUUUUUUUUGCCACAUAC